CUCUUCUUCUCUUUCACUUUUACUUCUUCAAUAUCAUGUGGAGACGCCUGUCUCGUUCCCAAAAGCUUCUGGCAACCGCUGCUUCUGCAACCGGUGUUGGAGGUGCUUAUUUAUUCUACGCAGAGUCCCAACGUACUCGCCAAAGACAUGCACAGUACAUGGCAACCUUGAACGGCCUUCCAGUUGCCCAUGCUGAGUCACUUCAAGCACAUGCAGGUGUGGUCGAAACUGACAUCAAGCCUCACGACUUCUGGGCUCCUCCUUCUCGCCAGGAAAUGUUGAAUAAGCUCAAGGGAUUGGAUAAAGACGGUCAGAAAGCCAAGGAACAUGAAGAAUUUGAUCUUCUGAUUGUGGGUGGCGGCGCUACGGGUGCCGGUGUUGCUCUGGAUGCUACUACCCGUGGUCUGAACGUCGCACUUGUUGAGAGAGAUGAUUUUGCUUCUGGUACCUCAUCUAGAUCAACCAAGCUUGUUCACGGUGGUGUUAGAUAUCUUCAAAAGGCUAUCCAAGAGUUGGAUUAUGAGCAGUACAAGUUGGUGGUCGAAGCUCUUCACGAGCGUAAGAUCUUCUUGGAUAUCGCACCAUAUCUUUCUCACCAACUUCCCAUUAUGUUGCCAGUCUACAAGUGGUGGCAAGUGCCUUACUAUUGGAUCGGCUGUAAGAUGUAUGACUGGUUUGCGGGUAGAGAAGCUCUUGAAAGCAGUUAUGUGUUGACUCGAUCCAAGGCCUUGGAAGCGUUCCCUAUGCUGAAGAAGGAUGAAUUGGUUGGAGCUCUAGUGUAUUAUGACGGUCAACAUAAUGACGCCAGAAUGAAUGUUGCACUCGCACUGACGGCUGUCAAUCAUGGUGCUACCAUGGCAAAUCACUGCGAAGUGAAGAGCUUGACAAAGGAUGAGAAUGGCAACGUCAAUGGUGCUGUGCUUUGUGACGUCUUUACUGGUGAUGAGUGGACCGUGAAAGCCAAGGGUGUCAUCAACGCAACUGGUCCAUUCACAGAUGGCCUACGCAAGAUGGACGAUAAGGAAAACUCAGAAAUUGUUGCUCCAUCCGCUGGUGUCCAUAUCAUCCUUCCCAACUACUACAGUCCUGGAAACAUGGGAUUGUUGGACCCUGCUACCUCCGAUGGUCGUGUCAUUUUCUUCCUUCCUUGGCAAGGAAAUACCAUUGCUGGUACCACUGACUCUCCCACUGAAGUGACCCACAAUCCCCUUCCUAAAGAAGAAGAGAUUCAAUGGAUUUUGAAUGAAGUUGAACAUUAUCUCAGCCCUGAUGUCAAGGUCCGUCGCGGAGAUGUCUUGGCCGCUUGGUCUGGUAUUCGUCCACUAGUCCGUGAUCCCAAUGCUACCAAGACGGAGGCAUUGGUCCGAAACCACAUGAUCCACGUCAGUGAGAACAAACUCCUUACUAUUGCUGGUGGAAAGUGGACCACCUACCGUGCUAUGGCCCAGGAAACAGUUGAUCGUGCUAUCCAGGAAUUCAACCUUAAGCCUACUCAUCCUGAGUGCAGAACUGAAGUCAUUCGAUUGAUAGGUUCGCACGCCUAUUCCAAUACUAUGUUCAUUAAGCUCAUUCAACACUUUGGUAUGGAGACUGAAGUUGCUCAGCAUUUGGCUAACAGCUACGGUGACCGUGCUUGGGCUGUUGGAACCAUGGCUGAUGCUACCCACCAACGCUGGCCAGUGUUUGGUAAGCGUCUCAGCCCACAAUACCCAUACAUUGAAGCCGAAGUUCGCUAUGCUGUUCGCCGUGAAUACGCCAGCACUGUUGUUGAUGUCAUUGCCCGCCGUACUCGUAUCGCUUUCUUGAAUGCUCAAGCCGCUUUGGAAUCUUUGCCUCGUGUUAUCGAAAUUAUGUCUGAUGAAUUGAAGUGGAGCAAGGAACGUCAAAAGAAGGAGUUCGAUGAUGCCGUUGAAUUCUUGACCACCAUGGGUUUGCCCAGCUCCAGCUCUCAAAUCGUCUACCCAGUGACCAAGGACCAUCACCCCGCCGGUGCUCCCAUUGAGAAUGCCAAGUCACAUGAUGCCAUCUUCUCUAGAGCUCGCUUCCUUCCUGAUGAGCUCAAGGAGUUCCAAUCUGUUUUCAGCGAAUUGGAUCAUGACAAGGACGGUCAUUUGAAGGCCGAAGAUCUUCCCAAAGUCUUUUCUCGACUAGGUGUUCCAGUCAAGCAGGAUGUUCUUGAUGCCGCCAUCAAGGCUUUGGACAAUACCAGUAACUCCUCAGUAGAAUUCAGCGAGUUCUUGGAAAUCAUGAGUCAGGUCAAGGAUAUUGAAAUCCGUCGACAUUUGACUAAUGAGAAGGGCGGUAAAAUUAGUCUUGAACGUAGUGGUGGAGGUGUUUAAAUGACCUGCUGGCAUCCUCUUUAUCUAUACAUUGUAUUAUAGUUUUUUUUGAUUGUAUUAAGAAAUACAUAUACAUUCAUUCAUCCAAUUUCCUUCUGUCACGUUGAUGUGUUCGAUUGAAAUAUGUACAAAUGCGGGAGGGGGGGGGUCAUGCAAAAUAAAAAAGAGUGAACCA